ACAUAUUCUCAUUUCUACGGAUGAGACUAAAUUACAGCUAAAGGAAGAGCAACGUGGCUGCAUCUGUAUCUAUAUGUACACUAUUUUAUAUAUCUCGACCUAAAUUUAUGUAUAUUGUGAUUUCACAAAUAACAUUUACUAUAAUUGAAUUCAGAUUAGUUGAUUCUCCGUUGCUCCAGUAACCGAGGACCAUGAGACUCGGAUCCGGCUCCACGAACUCCCGCAGCAGCACCGACACCCGGCGGUACCGCACCCGAGCCCGUACCUCUCAGGUGGACGAGAGCCUGUUUGGGAGCACGAAACCGAAGACAUCAACAGACAAACGUGGGCCGUCGGCCUCCAAGGCCCGGGACAAGUCCCAGAGCGACCAGGAGCCGGAGACGAUUCAACUCAUCACCAAAGACCUGAUUCGUAGUCUCAGGAUCCCAUGGAGGGACCCGUCAGGAGAGUCCGUCAUUCUGUCGCCAACUGAGUUCGAUCGGAUCAACGCGGCGUCCCGGGUCCUCACCAAGGAGGAGAGUGAGGCCCUGUUGCAGGCCUGCCAGAGGAAGAAGGACGCGGACAUUAAAGCAGCUGAGGAAAGAAAGUGCCAGAUCUUCGAGGCCGACCUGUCCCGCAAAGACAAACACGCGCUGACCGAGCUGGAGCUGGAGGCCCGGGACCAGGCGCAGCAGCUGGUGGAGCAGACCAACGACCUGAGGAUGGAGCAGGAGGAGGAGAUCAGGAAGCUCAACAAGCUGAUCCUGGGCGCUCACUGCCAAGCGACCCGUGAUGCCCAGAUCCAGGAGAAGAAGCAGAUCCGGGCGGAGAUGACGGAGGAGGAGAAGCGUCUGGACACCAUGAUGGAGGUGAGGCGCCGCCAGGACCUGGAGACCAUGGAGCAGAUCGAGGAGCUGCGCAAACAGCAGAUGAUCAGUGGAAUGCAGCAAAUCAACGAACAGAUCCGCCAGCGUCUGGUGGAGAAACAUCUCCAGGAGGAGAUGAAAGAGAACGAGAAGCAGCAGUUCCGAGAGAACCAGGAGAGGAUGAACCUGGAGGACCUGAAGGCCCUGGAGAAGAAGCGGGAGGAGCAGGAGCUCCUGCACGAGGAGGUGAUGAGGAUCAACGCCGAGACCGUCCGGGCCAAGGAGCAGAUCAAAGAGCAGGAGAAGCUGGACGAGAUGAGGAACGUGGAAUACAUGCGGAAAAAACAGGCGCGUGAGGCCGAAUACGAAGAGGAGCAGCAGCGGAUCAAGAAGGAGAAGGAGCUGGAGAUCGCCCGGCUGAGGGCCAAGCAGGAGAGAGCCAAGGACUACCAGGCCGAGCAGGACGAGCUCCGCGCUCGGAGGAACCAGCAGAUCGCCGAUAGGGAGUGGAGGAGGAAGGAGAGGGAGCAGGCGGCGAAGGCGGCGCAGGAGGAGGCCAUGUUGAAGGCGGCGCGCCUGCAGCAGGUCCACUGCAAAGAGCACCUGCUGUCCAUGGAGGCCGGCCGCGAGAAGGCCGAGUUCGAGAGGGUGCUGAAGGUGCAACAGGAAGCGAUGGUCAAGCUGAUGGAGGAGGAGGAGAAGCAGCGCCAGCGGGCACUCGGUCACGCCGAGGCCAUCCGGCAGCAGGUGAAGGAGCGGGAGCUCUCGGCCGUCGCCAGGCGCCGGGACAUGUUCAAGGAGGCUGACCGGCUGAUCACCGAGGCCCAGCUGAGACAGAGGCGCCUGGACGAGUUCAAGGAGAAGAAGCUGAAGGAGCUCAAGGACACGGGGCUCUGUGAAAAGUACUGCAGCCAAGUGGAGAGGAAGGCCCGGACCUGCGACCAGUGACUCCCUCACAACAGGAUGCUUCGGCCCCGUCACCUGGCUCCUCCCUGACAACAGGAUGUUUCAGCCUCGUCACCUGGCUCCUCCCUCACAACAGGAUGUUUAAGCCCCGUCACCUGGCUCCUCCCUGACAACAGGAUGUUUCAGCCUCGUCACCUGGCUCCUCCCUGACAACAGGAUGUUUCGGCCCCGUCACCUGGCUCCUCCCUCACAACAGGAUGUUUCAGCCCCGUCACCUGCCUCCUCCCUGACAACAGGAUGUUUCAGCGCCGUCACCUGGCUCCUCCCUCACAACAGGAUGUUUCAGCCCCGUCACCUGGCUCCUCCCUGACAACAGGAUGUUUCGGCCCCGUCACCUGGCUCCUCCCUCACAACAGGAUGUUUCAGUCCCGUCACCUGGCUCCUCCCUGACAACAGGAUGUUUCAGCCCCGUCACCUGGCUCCUCCCUGACAACAGGAUGUUUCGGCCCCGUCACCUGGCUCCUCCCUGACAACAGGAUGUUUCAGCCCCGUCACCUGGCUCCUCCCUGACAACAGGAUGUUUCGGCCCCGUCACCUGGCUCCUCCCUGACAACAGGAUGUUUCAGCCCCGUCACCUGGCUCCUCCCUGACAACAGGAUGUUUCGGCCCCGUCACCUGGCUCCUCCCUCACAACAGGAUGUUUCAGCCCCGUCACCUGCCUCCUCCCUGACAACAGGAUGUUUCGGCCCCAUCACCUGCCUCCUCCCUGACAACAGGAUGUUUCAGCCCCGUCACCUGGCUCCUCCCUGACAACAGGAUGUUUCAGCGCCGUCACCUGGCUCCUCCCUCACAACAGGAUGUUUCAGCCCCGUCACCUGCCUCCUCCCUGACAACAGGAUGUUUCAGCGCCGUCACCUGGCUCCUCCCUCACAACAGGAUGUUUCAGCCCCGUCAACUGGCUCCUCCCUGACAACAGGAUGUUUCAGCCUCGUCACCUGGCUCCUCCCUGACAACAGGAUGUUUCAGCGCCGUCACCUGGCUCCUCCCUGACAACAGGAUGUUUCGGCCCCGUCACCUGGCUCCUCCCUGACAACAGGAUGUUUCGGCCCCGUCACCUGGCUCCUCCCUGACAACAGGAUGUUUCGGCCCCGUCACCUGGCUCCUCCCUGACAACAGGAUGUUUCGGCCCCGUCACCUGGCUCCUCCCUCACAACAGGAUGUUUCGGCCCCCUCACCUGGCUCCUCCCUCACAACAAGAUGUUUCAGCCUCGUCACCUGGCUCCUCCCUGACAACAGGAUGUUUCAGUCCCGUCACCUGGCUCCUCCUUCACAACAGUCAACUGGCUCCUCUCUCACAUCUUACAGUCUCUUUACAGAAUGAAAACGCUUUCAAAUACUAAUGUAACUUAAAAAUAUAAAAUAAAUAUAUACCAAUAAAAUGUUCUGAUGCAUUUUGUUAGUAUGCAGCUGGUAUAGUUUAAUAAUGGGUUACACUGCCCAAAUUUGGUACGAAAUGUUGGGGUUCCAUUCCCCGGUCAGAGUGUUCCAAAAAAAAUGAAUAAAAAUAAAAAUCCAGUACGAGUCAAAAAUUGAUGGUUGUAACUAGCUUUGGACAAAAGCGUCAACAACAGUUGGUUGCGGUUUGCAACUUCUACCACCAGAUGCCGCCAGAAAGUUACACACUGGGGCUUUAACGUUAUAUAUAAUUGUGCCCACGUAAUUGUGCAACAAACUCCAUUCAGACGAAAGAACCAAACUUGGACGAAAAUGCCUCUUCUGUGGAUGAAGAAAUUGCUGGUAUGUUUUCUCUUUGUCUAAUUAAAUUACAAAUUUUCUUCUCUAAA